GCAGUUGUUGAUGGGCAUAUAAAAAGACCACAGGAUGAAGACAUACAAUCCAAUGUUCUUGAAAUAGUUGGGUCGAACAUCCCGUCCACGUACAUUACUUGCCCAGCAGACCCAUCAGCUACACUGAGUAUAAAACUUCCGUUCCUGGUUAUGAUUGUAAAGAAUCUGAAGAAAUAUUUCACAUUUGAGAUUCAAAUUCUGGAUGACAAGAAUGUCAGGCGACGUUUUCGAGCUUCCAAUUUUCAAGCUGUAACUCGAGUGAAGCCAUAUAUCUGCACCAUGCCCUUGAGGAUGGAUGAUGGCUGGAAUCAAAUCCAGUUUAAUCUAGCUGAUUUUACGAGGAGAGCCUAUGGAACAAACUAUGUGGAGACAUUGCGAGUUCAGGUUCAUGCAAAUUGCCGCCUGAGGAGGAUAUAUUCCACUGACCGCUUGUAUUCCGAAGAGGAACUUCCUCCGGAGUUUAAGUUGUACAUGUCACGCCCCGAUCCCGACAUAUGUCCAGGAUGGACACAUGACGUCACCCAAAUACUCAUAUAUCUCACAUACCCCGUCUCAGGAAUGUGGCAAUCACAAUUCGAGGAU